AUGGGGAACACGCUGGGCAAGAGGUCCUUCAAGCGGGACAACAGCCUGAGCCGGCGCUCGCAGGCAUCCAGCAGCAGCGCCCGCGGUCUGAGCCGGCUGUCCAGCGGGGUCAGCCGGCUGUCUGCCAGGGUGGGCCUGCGCCGGCAGUAUGUCGCGGCGAGCAAGGCCGAGGCAGCCAACAGCAGGCAUGCGCUAGAGCAGCGGCUGGCAGAAAUCAUCAUGGCCAAGGCGGCCGCCGCCGACCCGUCUGCGCCCAAGGUCAAGUUCAACCGCCUGCUGCUGCGCUUCGGCACGCUACACGAGGGCUUUGCCGCCUCCAAGCGGGUGUUCCGGGAGCUGGUGGGGGUGGAGGGCGGCGAGCUGAGCCUGGAGCAGCUGCGCCCCGCCUGCGCAUCCCUGGGAUACCACCUGGAUGAGGCCACCCUGCACUCCAUCUUUGCCGGCGCCGACAUGGACGGCAGCCGCACCCUGAACGUGCACGAAUUCCUUGCCACCAUGGCCAUAGUCCACUCCCUCAGGGGCCCCGAGGACGAGGAGCUGGUGGACCCCCAGAUCCUGGCCACCUGGCGCACCGCAGAGGAGGCCUUCAUGUCCUUUGCCAGCAGCCGGGACGGGUUCAUCGAGAAGGACGAGCUCACGGGGCUGAUGCAUGAGAGCGCGACGGACCAGGUGCGGCACUCUGCCAACGGCAGCGGCGGCGACCCCAUCCGCAGCAUCGCGCAGCAGCGGUUUGAGGAGCUGGACUUGAACGGCAGCGGCAGGGUCAGCUUCCUGGAGUUCCUCUUCUGCUUGGAGGGGUGGGUGGAGGAUGCCGAGGAGGAGGACGAGUAG